CAAAAGGAUACCAAGAUACCAACACCAACAUAUGAUAGCAAAAGAAUACCAAGAUACCAAUACCAACAUAUGAUAGCAAAAGAAUGCCAAGAUACCAACAUCAACAUACGACAGCAAAAGAAUGCCAAGAUACCAAUACCAACAUAUGACAGCAAAAGGAUACCAAGAUACCAACACCAACAUAUGAUAGCAAAAGGAUACCAAG